AAUAUGUCCACCCUCUGAAACCACACCCAACCUUGGCUUGCCUCCUCCAAGGGAAGCCCAACUUCCCUUCUUCCACCACCCUAACCACCCCAAAGCAAAGAAGUCGAAAACCUCGAAAAGAUUGAUAUCCAAAAAGGAAACAAAGAAGAAUAAGUAGCAGCAGAAAUACAGAUUUGAUGUAAGAAGGUGAAUUCAUCAAAAGAAAAGAUCACCAGCCAAUGCCGCCCCCUCCUGAGGCAAGGCCCGGCAGAAAACGCUUCUGGUUCAUCUCCUGCCUCUUGUUCAUUGUCCUCCUCAUUGGUGGAUCUUUCCUUGUGCUCUACAUCACCCAUCCGGCGGAUGACAUCCCCUUCUGGUUCCCAAUUGCUGGGAUGAUCUUGGUGGGCAUUCCUUGGCUGUUCUGGAUCAUGACAUGCAUCUACCGAUCGAUCGCGGUGAGGAGCGAUGAUGUAGAGCGGCCGCCUAUCAGGGCUGCAGCAGUCGCUCCAGCCGGAGGUGGUGCCACCGCCACCAAUGUUGCCACCAAUUCUAUGUUCACAGAUGCCUCUGUUGAUUCUCCGGGUGGUGCGAGGAGGGUGCGGUUCGGCCAUGCUACGGUAAUGGGCUCCGAUGUUGCAGGUGGUAUGAGUGAGAAGCCGCAGGAGAACGAAGCAGAUGGUGACCACACUCCUGAUGGUGGAACCGGGUCGAGCAUCUCCCAUGGUGAUGGUUCGUCCCAACACUCCCAUGAGAGUGAAGUGCCUCUAGCUCUUUCAAUGUCUUGAAUCUCAAACUCGGCAAUAUCUUUCUUUUUUCACCAUUUUAAUCUCUUAUUGUUGCUGUUGUUGGUGAUGAUGA